AUAUAAGGUCUGAGGUCAGGGCAUACAAAUUUUAGAACGUUUACUUGCAUGCUGUACAGAGUUGGCAUAAAAGUGGAAUGGUAACAAUAGCCAGUCAGCCUCAACUAGUGCCCCUCACCAAAACAUCUCUUACCGGUUUCAUUAAACUUUCUGAUAAUUCCGAGUAUUUUAUAUCCGUUGACUAUAAUUGUCAGCCUCCUGCAGUGACUUUUGACGAUGACCUCAAGUUAGAAUUCGACAAAUAUCCUUCAAAACUUGCAAAGAUUGUAGAAAAUUCGGCCACAUUGGAAUCUUUUGUUGCAAACUUGGUCACUUUUCUAGAGGAUAUCCUAGUUAGUCCCACGGAUAGUAAACACUUGUUGAUACUCAUCAAACAAGUCGCAAAUCUACCAUCAGACUGUGUUAAAUCAAUAGACCAACACUUCAAGCAGGUCAUCUUGAGGCACACUGACGAAAGUAACAGAGAACACCACGUUGCCAUUCAGUUGGACUCAAAAACUCCCACAUUAACAUGCGACCUUCCACAAGAGCUCGUAAUAUCAGAUACGUGGUCAUGUCAGGAAGUUUUGAGGACUUUCAAAGAAGUUAUAAGUCAGUACCAGGUACUGUGGGACAUUCUGGAUGACAUUGAUUCUAAUUGCUGGGUUAUUGAACCUGAGCCGUACACUCGUGGUGCUGUUCAUCGUAGAAUUGUCCUGAAAGGAGAUGUAUCCCUGAUAGUUACACUUGAUCCUUCUCAGCCCACUACGUUGCCGAGGUGCCGGUUUCUGGGCUCAGCUAAGUCUAUACAGCCUUUUCAGAAUCUCCUGGAUGAAAAAGCGGAUGAAUGGGACCCUGCUCUGGGAAUGGUGGAGAAUCUAGCCACAAUUUUAGAUCUGGAACUUCCCAGUAAGCCAACUGAGGAGGACAGUGCUAUUUCUAUUGAAUGUGGGGUGUGCUAUUGCUAUGAAAUGAUGGACCAGAUACCGGAAGUAAGUUGUAACAAUGAAACUUGUAAGCAGUUGUAUCACGUGGACUGUUUGGUUGAGUGGUUUAGGGGAUUACCAGAUGUGAGACACAGUUUUGGGACUGUGUUCGGGGAGUGCCCGUAUUGUAGUAAGCCAAUGCAUAUUCAGGCUGUGCUAUGAAUUGAAUUCUCUGCAGUUUUUGAAAAUUACAAAAUUGUUGCUAUUGGAAUGUUGUUUGGUGAUUGCCAUGGUUAAGAUUUCGAUAUAGUUAUUUCACACAUGUCUUGUAAUUAUUUUAUUGAUGAUAUUUAUAAUUUUUCG